AUGGGAGGCUGGAAUCAUUCAGGGGUGGAGGAAUUCCUUCUGGUAGGGUUAACCGAAAAUCCUAACUUGCAGAUCCCUCUCUUCUUACUCUUUGCCCUGAUGUAUCUCAUCACUCUGACAGGUAAUUGGGGGAUGAUUGUCUUAAUCAGGUUAAACACCCAGCUUCACACUCCAAUGUACUUCUUCCUUAGCAAUCUCUCUUUUUGUGAUAUCUGCUACUCCACAGUUUUCGCUCCUAAGAUGCUGGUCAACUUCCUUUCCAAACAUAAGUCCAGUACAUUUUCUGGCUGUGUUCUACAGAGCUUCUUUUUUGCAGUGUAUGUGACCACAGAGGGCAUGCUCUUGUCUAUGAUGGCUUAUGACAGGUAUGUGGCAAUAGCCAAUCCCUUGAUGUAUACAGUCAUUAUGACCCAAAGUGUCUGUAUUCAGAUGGUCCUUGCAUCUUACUUGGGUGGUCUCAUUAAUUCACUGACACACACCAUAGGUUUGCUCCGACUAGACUUCUGUGGUCCUAACGUUGUAGAUCAUUACUUCUGUGACAUUCCUCCUCUCCUGAGGCUUUCCUGCUCUGAUGCCCGUACCAAUGAGAUGCUGCUCUUGUUCUUCUCUGGGGUCAUUCCAGUGGUCACUUUCAUCAUCAUCAUGGUCUCCUAUGUGCGCAUCUUUGUUGCCAUCCAGAGAAUCCACUCUGCUGAGGGGAGGCGCAAAGCCUUCUCCACUUGUGUCUCCCACCUGACUGCUGUGACCUUAUUCUAUGGAUCUGUGACCUUCAGCUACAUCCAGCCAAGCUCACAGUAUUCCUUGGAACAGGAGAAGGUGUCUGCUGUGUUUUACACCUUGGUGAUCCCCAUGCUGAACCCACUCAUUUAUAGCCUGAGGAAUAAGGAUGUGAAAGAUGUAGCAAAAAAAUCAUUUCUGUGGAAGAGAAACCCCACUUGA